AUGUUUCCGCCAAAAAGACCAACCCUCUUUCCAAAACGCUACCUUUACUCGGGCUGCGCUUCCCCCCCUCGCGCACCAAAAUCAGCAUUGCCACAUCUCUCUCUCCUUGCAGACAAAUGUAUCUCAAUGACCCAACUCAAGCAAAUUCAUGCUCAAAUGAUUGUCACCUCUCGCAUUUCUGACCACUUCGCCGCAAGCCGUUUACUUUCCUUUUGCGCUCUUUCCGAUUCCGGGGAUAUCAAUUAUGCCAUAAAACUAUUCAAUAUCACUCAAGAUCCAAAUAUCUUCAUGUGGAAUAUUCUCAUUAGAGCGCUAGCGAAUAGCCCAAAUCCCAGUAGAGCUGUGUUUCUUUAUAUACAGAUGAGGAGACAAGGUGUUUGUCCAAAUAACCACACCUUCCCUUUUCUUCUCAAGGGUUGUUGCAGCUCUUGCUUACCUGAAUCUUGCAUGCAGGUGCAUACCCAUGUUUUGAAAUUUGGCUUGGAGCUUGAUUUGCAUGUUGUUAAUGGGUUAGUGAGAGGUUACUGUGUUUCGAGUCAUUUGAGUAGCGCGCGCAGGUUAUUCGAUGAAUUUUCUGAGAGGGAUUUAAGCAUUUGGACCACGAUGAUUACUGGCUAUGCUCAAAAUUUUUGCGCUAUUGAAGCUUUAGUGUUGUUUGAUCGGAUGCUUGUUGAGGGUUUUGAACCGAAUGGUUCGACCGUUGCUUCUGUGUUGUCUGCAUGUGCUCGUUCAGGUUGCCUAGAAUUGGGAGAGAGAAUUCAUGCCUUUAUGCUAGAGAGAGGUGUUCAAAUGGGAGUGAUAUUAGGUACUGCAUUGGUGCAUAUGUAUGCGAAGAAUGGAGCAAUCUCUAUGGCUACAAAAUUGUUUGAUUCCAUGCCUGAAAGAAACAUUGCUACUUGGAAUGCGAUGUUAUGUGGAUUGGCCAGUCAUGGGCAUGCUGAAGAAGUACUUGCGCUUUUUAGGAAGCUAGAGAAAGAGGAUUUAGUACCAAAUGAUGUGACUUUUGUUGGGGUUUUGUCUGCCUGCUGCCACGCAGGCUUAAUUGACGUUGGUUACAAGAUCUUCAAUUCCAUGAAGGAGGUGUAUGGCAUUGAACCCAAGAUUGAACAUUAUGGAUGCAUGGUGGAUCUUCUGGGGCGAGGUGGGAAAUUAGUUGAGGCUGAGGAGCUGAUAAAAAGAAUGGCAUGGAAGGCCGACGUUGUGAUUUUGGGAGCCUUGUUAGCUGCUUGUAAAAAUCAGGGGAACAUUGAGAUUGCUGAAAGAGUGGUGAAAGAUAUUCUAGCCUUGGAACCUCAUAAUCAUAUGGUCCAUGUUGUUUUGUCCAAUAUGUUUGCAGAGGCUGGAAGGUGGCAGGAUGUAUGGAGGCUUAGGAAGGUCAUGAAAGUAGGGAAUUUGAAGAAAACACCUGGGUGGAGCCUUGUGGAUGGUGAUAAGUAAUUGUAUAUGUACAAGAUAGCCAGCAUUGUUACUCCAUGAAGAAAGUUUCAUUAGGAAUCAGUACGGAAAGGUGGGCAUGAUCAAGGGCGUGUGAUUCACAGUGUUGUGGGUCCCUUUUCAGCCAGCCAAUUAUGAAGAGUCUGGUGGGACACUGGAUAUUAUAGAGUUAAUGGAACAUUAAUUCUUUCAAUUUUGGAACUUUUUGUGUACUACAAGAAAAGCUUUAGUCUAUCAUGAUUUGGUACCAGAAUGAUUGGCUUCGGCAGCAUUGUCAACUUCUUACCAUGGUCUAUGGACACCGAUAAAAAGGAAAGGGCACAAAAAGGCUUAUGAUUUUUGGAGGGUAUGCAUCUCCUCACAAGUACUUACAAAUAACCAAGGGAGAAAUAGUGCAUUAGAGGGAGAAUAUGGUCAAAGGAACUCUGUGGUUUAAAGUUAGUUUUGAGAGUUCUGGAGAUGUACAGAAUGGUUUCGGUUUGUACAUAUAUAAAUAGAGAGAGAGAGAGAGAGAGAGAGAGAGAGAGAGAGAGAGGAGGAGGGUCUGGAGGGAAAGUUAUUAGUUAUGACAGUGUCUCAUUCCUCAGUGACAGAUUUUAAAGUAUGAAGAAAAGCAAUAGUUUCAUUUCUUUUUC